UCUAAUUGGACUUUUUCAAUAUUCGAUUGCUGUUCCACACCAUUGUUAUCAUUUGCAACAUGUUGCUUAUGCCCGUGUCAAGUAGGUAGACAAAGAGCUACCCUUACAGAGUCAUUUGGAUGUGGUCAGUGUUUAUUUUUAACUUUUUGCUUACCUUUUGCAGCAUUUUUAAAUAGAUAUGAAAUUAGAUCAAGGUAUCAUAUUAGAGGUAAUGCAAUUAGUGACGGUGUUUGUUGUUGUUUAUGUGGAUGUUGUGCUACAGUUCAACAAGCAAGGGAGUUAAAUUAUAAGGGUGAUAAACCAGGUGCCUUAUUUAUGUCAAGCGAUGAAGAAAAUACAUACUCAUCACCAAAUCCAACAUACCAAUCACACAACAACGAU